CCAGUUUAGAUGGAAAUUUAAAAAAUAAAAGUUAAAUUUAUUAAGUUCUAAAAGCGAAAGGAAGACAAGAAUUCAAAAAAAAAAAAGAAUACAAACACAAAAGAGAAUCACAAAAAAUAUUUUAUGUGAAUUUUAAAUUUAAACAAAAAAGAAACAAUUAAACAUUUAAAAAUAUUAUAAAAAUAAAAAUUGACAAAUAAGUGAAAAAAAAAUUAGAAAAAAUGGUUAUUAAAAAUAGCAAGCAAUUAUGUCGUCACAUUCUGGCAAAUCAACACAAAUUGAAGAAAUUGAUCCAACUUCAAACGGUUCGAUUGUGCAGCAGUACAGCUCGAUUGCAAGAAGCCAUUGUCGAUGAUGAAGAGUUCACACGUGUAUCGCAAGUUCCUGUUUCACGUCAAGCUCCCAAUCUUGCUCCCAUUAAACACGAAAAGGAUCUCGGACAUCUCUUCAAAUAUUCAGAUUUGCAAGUUCAACUUUGUGCCCCGACUCAAUUGCAACCCAAACCUGAAGCUGAUGAUCUCAAAUUUGGCAAGAAUUUCACGGAUCACAUGAUGAAAAUUGCAUAUCACAAACGAUUGGGAGGAUGGCAAGCACCUGAAAUUGUUCCUUUUGGCAAUAUUGUUCUACAUCCGGCAGCAAAAGUAUUCCAUUAUGCGUUAGAGUUGUUCGAAGGAAUGAAAGCCUAUCGCGGAGUUGAUGAUCGCAUCAGAUUGUUCCGUCCCGAGAUGAAUAUGCAUCGGAUGAAUCUUUCGGCGGCACGUUCGGGCUUACCUACCUUCGAUGGCGAAGAGAUGAUUAGUUGUUUGAAGCGUCUCGUGUCGAUCGAUUCAGAAUGGGUACCUCACACAGAUGCUGCGAGUUUGUAUUUAAGACCUACCUUAAUUGGAAUUGAACCAACGUUGGGAGUUGCGAGUUCCGAUUCUGCUUUAUUAUACACAAUUUUGAGUCCUGUUGGAAGUUAUUUCGACCAAAAGAAGGGAGCUGAUGCAGAUAAUGGCGUUUCGUUGUUAGCUGAUCCUCAAUACACGAGAGCAUGGCCCGGAGGCGUUGGAGAUCGUAAAAUGGGAUCAAAUUAUGCACCAACGAUUCACGUACAAAAAACCGCAUUGUCAAAGGGAUUGGAACAAGUAUUAUGGUUGUAUGGAGAUGAUCAUCAGUUAACGGAAGUUGGCACAAUGAACAUUUUCAUGUUCUUUAUCAACGAUUUAGGAGAACGUGAGUUGAUAACGCCGAACUUGAAUGGAUUAAUUCUUCCCGGAAUCACAAGAGACUCAAUUUUAGCUUUGGCACGCGAAUGGGGACAGUUCCGUGUCACAGAAGGCAAAAUUACCAUGUCGAUGGUUACAAGAUUGCUCGCCAAAGGAAGAGUACUUGAGAUGUUUGGCGCAGGAACAGCAUGUAUCGUUAGCCCCAUCGAGCGAAUCCAUUAUCUCGACAGAGAUUACAUGAUUCCAACAAUGAAGCAAGACAACGCCGUGUUCCGACGCAUUUUGCAUACCCUCACUGACAUCCAAUACGGCAAAGUUGAGCAUCCAUGGGCGCGUGUCAUUGACGGAGAAUAAACUUGUCGACCAAUCAGUUCCUAAUUCUUAAGAAAUUUAGUUAUAGACUUUGAAUAUGUGUACAUAUUAGAUCGAUAACUGAGCAGGAAAUGAGCGUAUGAUAAAACUUUGUUCCGCGCGAAUUAAGUUUUCUUCUGUAAGAUAGUACAAUACAAUAUUGGUAAGGCAACAAGACUUUAUUUCUCUCUCAAUGGACUAAAAUUUAGUAAUUUAUAUUGAAAAAUGGUGUAUUGUUCGCCAAAGCAAAGGGCUUCCAUUGUUACAAUGGUUAAUAGUGUUCAUAAGUUUCACAUUGAAAAUCCAAAAAAACAUUUGACUUGUCAAAAUUCACCCUUUUAAAUAAUAAUUUUGGGACCAAAAAAAUUAUGUCGUACACUUGAAGUGCAUUUGAACCCUUAAUACCUUUAAUGUUAAGUUAAUUUAAAAAAUUACAUUAAGUAGCUGUGACAUAAAUAAGACAUAUCAUGAAUUAGACUUUAAGAAAAUUGUAACUUUUAUUGAAUGAAAAAUUAAAAUAAAUAAAUUAAGAAUUGACA